AAUCGUUGUUCAUAUAUAGAACUGCCUGAAAACGGCGAGGAAUGAAUGAAUCAUCACUUUGAGAUUUUGCAUCAGAUAAAGCAAUGCAUAAAGCUCCGUCUCCCACUGGAGGGCAAGAAACUCCACGCCCACGUCGUCAAAUCCGGCUUCGACCUUCACGGCCCUCUCUUCUCCAAUACUCUACUCUACAUGUAUGGCAAAUGCGGCUUGUUAAAAGAUGCCCUCCAGCUGUUCGACGAAAUGCCCCACAGAGACCUAGCUUCUUGGGCCUCCAUUUUCACCUCACACAACCACGCCAAUCUCCCCCAAAAAACUCUCUUCUUGUAUUCCGCCGCCGCCUCUAAGGGAAAUCUCCAGCCCGACGAUUUCAUCUACGCCACCUUGUUUAACGCUUGCGCUGGCUGUAAUGCUUUGAAAGUCGGCGAGCAAUUGCACGCGCAGUUUAUUGCGUCGAGUUUUGCGGAUAACGAUGUUGGUAAGUCGAGCCUGGUUGAUUUCUACGCGAAAUGCGGGCUCCCUGAUAGAGCUCGCAGUGUUUUCAAUUCAAUUGUGUUGAAGAAUGUGGUUUGUUGGACUAGCUUGAUAUACGGCUAUGCAAAGGCGGGAAGGAAGAGCGAAGCGGUUGCUCUUUUAAGCGAUACGCCUUGUAAAAAUUUGCAAACCUGGACAGCUUUGAUAUCGGGGUUGAUGCAGGGAGGACUGUGUCUUGACUCGUUCAAGAUUUUCAAAGAGUUGAGGUUGGAGGGAGCUAAUGUAGAUGAACCAUUUAUUUUGUCGAGUUUGAUUGUUGGCUCGGCUACUUUGGCUAUGUUGGAGCUCGGGAAGCAAGUUCAUCGCUUAGUCAUUGGAUUCGGGUAUGAAUCUAAUUUGUAUGUUAGCAAUGCAUUGAUUGAUAUGUAUGCUAAAUGCAGUGAUGUUUCAGCGGCGGGGAUGAUUUUUGGCAACAUGGGUAAGAGGGAUGUUGUUUCUUGGACCUCAAUUAUAGUUGGAAUGGCGCAGCACGGGCGAGCAUUUGAGGCUCUGUCGCUGUAUGAGAAGAUGGCUUUGGCUGGUGUGAAGCCGAAUGGGGUGACAUUCACCGGGAUCAUCUAUGCUUGUAGUCAUGCUGGCUUGGUUGAGAAAGGCCGUCAUCUUUUCAAUUCUAUGGUUGCGGACCAUGGAUUGAGACCUUCGUUGCACCAUUAUACGUGCUUGGUGGAUCUCUAUGCCCGUUCUGGAUUGAUUGAAGAAGCUAAGGAUAUACUCGAUACCAUGCCAUUCACACCCGAUGAAGCUGCUUGGGCUUCUCUGUUGAGCUCGUGUUGUCAAGGUGGGAAGAAGGAGAUAGGUGUUCGGAUUGCUGAUCAUUUACUCGAGUUGGGGCCAGAGGAUACAUCCACGUGCAUACUUCUGUCUAACGUCUAUGCACGUGCUGCUAUGUGGGAGAAAGUGUCGAGAGUGAGAAAACUGAUGUAUUCAAUGGAGUGGAGAAAGAAACCUGGUUAUAGCUGUGUGGAUCUCGGGAAGGAGAUCCAAGUAUUCUAUGCUGGUGAGACGGAACAUCCGAUGAGGGAUGAGAUUUUUGCCCUUAUGAAGGAGUUGGAUGCGGAGAUUAGGAAGAGAGGCUAUGUACCCGACACUUCCUUGGUAUUGCACGACUUGCAACACCAAGAGAAGGAAAGGCAGCUGUUUUGGCAUAGUGAGAGAUCGGCUCUUGCUUACGGGCUGCUGAAAUCAGCUCCUGGGGCAUCCAUACGGAUUAUGAAGAACCUUCGUGUUUGUGGCAAUUGCCACACUGUCUUCAAACUCAUCAGCAAUAUUGUUGGUAGGGAACUCAUUGUAAGAGAUGUCAAUAGGUUCCAUCAUUUUAAGGAUGGGGAAUGCUCUUGUCGAGACUUCUGGUGAUCACCUGACGUAUGAAGGUAAGGACUAAGCUUGUGGUUCAAUAUGAGCGAGAAUUGUGGUUGCUUAAUUCAAGAAGAUUUUUGUUAGGUUCCAUAUUUAGAGAUUUUUGUUAGGUAAUAUAAAUUCAAGAAGAUUAUAGCUGAUGCUUGAU